AUGUACUUCUCCGCCGUUGCUUUGUCCGCUGCCAUCGCUCUGCCCCUGGUCAGCGCCUACCCCGUCAAGACCGAUAGCCUUCACUGCCGCUCUGGUCCUGGCACCAGCUACAGCAUCGUGAAGUCCUACGCUAAGGGUACCGAGCUUAGCAUUUCCUGCCAAACCCCUGGCACCGACGUCGACGGAGACUCCCUCUGGGAUAAGACUUCCGACGGCUGCUACGUGACCGACUACUACGUCCUGACUGGCACCAGUAACUAUGUUGCCCAGCGCUGCAGUAGCUCUGGGGGUGGUGGUAGCAGCGCCAGCGGCUCUGGUGUUGACGAGGCAGCCCUUGAACUGAUCGGUUCUUUGGAAGGCUGGGAUGCCAACUACUACACCAUCAAUGGUCACAAGACCAUCGGUUACGGCCAUGACUGCGUUGAGAAGAGCUGCGCCGGCAUCAACCCACCCCUCACCAAGGCUCAGGGUCUUGCCCUCCUGAAGACCGACAUCGUCGGCUUCGAGGAGUGUGUUUGCAAGCUUCCCAAUGCUAAGGACCUUAACGCUAACCAGUACGGUGCUCUGGUCAGCUUCGCUUACAACUCUGGUUGCGGUGGUGUUGCCAACUACUGGCGUGGCGCUAUGUCCGAGAAGAACUUCAACGGUAUCUGCGAGGCUCUUCCUCAUACUAACACUCUGAAUGGCGAACUUGACAACCGCCGUCAGCAGGAGGGAGGGUUCUGCUCCCGUGCUACUACUCAGAAGUCUGGCUGCUAA